AUGGAAUUGGGGUUUCUAAAAAAUGCCGAUAGUGCUCCCAUUACUGGGCCGGAACCAGAGAACGAAAAGUUGAUGAGGAUAAUCCAGCUCAACAAGAUGAAGAGUAUGAAGCUCGAGCGGCUCAACCAAUAUAACAAUCGCUUGAAGCGAGAGCUGGCAAGGGAGCGUGUGAACGCGUCCAACAGCUCGCUGAUGAUAAUCAAAUACACAGAAACCACCAAGGACGGUCUUAUUCCCGAACUAUGGGGUCCCACAGAAACACGCUAUCAGGAAAAGACAAAGUCUCCGAACAACGAGCCAACUGGUGGAUGUUGUACCAUUGCUUGA